GUGUAUGUGAAUAUGCCCUUAGUGGUCUUCCUCCCAUACCCUUGUGACCAAACUCUAGCCAUGUGGGUCCGUGUGACACUGGCACGAUGUUGUCAUGCCUGACAGAAGCAGUGCAUGGGAUCUGCUUCUUCUCCAGGUUCUCUUGGGAGCAGGCCAGCUCAACACCAGCUUCACCACGGGUGUUCAGGUCUCACCACUGGGUUCGUACCACAGGGGCAAAGUGACUGGAAUUGCAACUCUUCCCAGAGGGGUUAUCAUUACUGUGGGAUCAGAAAGGACCAUUCGACUAUGGCAUAUACAGGAGGGAGUCUCUGGUCUUCUGUGUGCGAUUGAGGUUCCAGCAACAUGCGGCGGACUGACCUGUCUCUCGGUCAAAUCCUAUGGCCCAGAGUCACCAGGUUACAACUCCUUUGUUUCUGCAAUUAACAGUGAAUCUGACUGGGAUGAGGUCAACUUUGACUUUGCUGACUAUGAGCAGAAGGAGGACGUCUUCAUUGCUCUCGCAGGAACUGCCAAGGGACAUACGUGUAUGGUGCUUGUAAAUCUGGCGAAAGCCAGAGAGGGGAGUACAGAUGGUCUGGUGCUUGUCCGCACAGAGCACCGCCACGGACAAAUUGCCGUUACUGCAACCACCUUUUCUCCAGGAAGCUGGGCCAGUUUGGCUGUAUCCCUGGGCCGUGACGGAAAAGUUGUGUACUAUGACAACUACAGGCAGCUGCACAACAUCUCGGAGGGGGGGGCUGCAGCAAACGACGAUGAUGGGGACGUGGUUUUUUGUCGUGGUUACGAGGAGCCACAACCGCCGGUUGCUGCAGGGAGGGAGCCGGUCGAGGAGAUGGCGCAGUGGGGAAAAGAAAGCGCAGCGGGGGAGGCGCUGCGAGAAGAGUGUCAAACCACCACAAGGGCGUCUCCGGUGCAGCAAAUGACCAUCACAAGAUGGGUGGACAACGCAGCUCAAAAGAAGUUGGACAUCGCAUGGGCGGAGGCAAUGUUCCGGGCGGGAAUCGCGUUCAAUUUUUUGAACUUCGACACCACUCUCAAACUGCACGAGGUGGCCAGCGCACGACCGAAGGUGAAAUUGCCUUAUGCGAAGCACAUCCGGACGGUGAUGCUCGACUUUAUCUUUUUGCGCAUUCAAAAGCAAGUGCAGCCUCUGACUGCAUGCUGGGAUGUCACGGCCUGCACUUUCAUCACGGACAGGUCGACCGAUCGGAGGGAAAGGCCUGUCAUGAAUUUCUUGGCGGGGGGGGAGCAGGGAGCGGUCCUGGUGGCAACGGUGUCGAUGGAUGGAAAGAAGAAGGCCGGACCAGCACUGGCCAGACUUUGGGAGAAGAUAAUGAGGGAGGUCGGUCUGCAACGCAUCAAUGCAAUUUGCACCGACAAUGCGGAGGUGAACAAGAAGGCCACGCAGAUUUUGGAGCGGCGCACGGACUUGCCGGUUUCACGGAUACCUUGGGUUCCGUGUGCUGCGCAUUGCUGCAGCUUGCUGCUAUGGGACAUCAACAAGUUGGAUUGGAUCAAGGGCACGGUGAAGCGGAGCCACACCAUUGUGAAGUUUGACCCCGACCACAUCAUAGAUCACCGAAUCAUCGGUUCUAUAAAACAACUAGAUAAGGCCCUCUGCAAAAAGUUAUCCGACCCUGUCGUCAUUAGACGAUUGAAGAUUGGAGGUGGGGGAGGAGAUGGAGGAGAGGAUGGUGAUGAUGGUGAUGAUGAUGGUGAUGAUGAUGGUGACAAGAAAGGGAAAGGUCCCAAGAAGAAGGGAGAUCAGGAUGCCGAAGUGUCUGACACUGUGUCCUCUAUGGACUGGCUGAGAAGCUAUGCCGCACAACCACAUCUGGUCCUCUCAACAUUGAGUGGUGAUCUGUUGCUGAUGCAAUGUCCUGAACCUCCAUCUGGACGUGUGGCUAACGUAGGCAUGGUGACGGAAGCAGUAUUGCGGCGUCGCUAUCUCCCAACAACAGCGCCAUUGAUGGUGAUUGGGACAGUUGUAGAGAGGGGUUGGAAGGAGCCAAAGGGACCAGGAUGGGGCCAAGACCCAGCGGAUGAGCAGGGAAAGGUAGCAUCGAAAGAUGCAAAGCGGGCAAGAGGAAAGCAAGGUGCAACACAUAGGGCUCGCGAAGCAUCAAUGUCGCUUCCCAUGGGAUCUGUUGUUGGGAUCGCAGCUGACAGAUCCAUCAAAUAUUACCAAUUCCGAACAGAUGGCACAAGAACGGAUGGUGUUGUAGGCGGUAUCGGCCUGGGCAUGACUGCUGCCUUAUUCAAGGAGGAGAAGACGAUCCUUGAUAAAAGAGGUACUGGAAUUGCAUUUUCGCCUGAUCGAAGGCUGGUGGCCACUGUUGGUGAAGAUGGUGUGCUGGCCAUCUUCUACACUAAUGAUCUGACUGAGAUCGGGCGUUGGCCAUGCCACAGUUCAAGACAUGGAGGAGCUCUAUGUGUCACAUACCUAGAAGCAGACUGGAUUGCAUCAGGUGGUGGUGAUGGCACUGUGCACAUUAUCCAGAUCACUGACUCACGGGAGAUGAGAAUGGGCAGAUCUGUAGCAUCCUCAGCAAUAGGAGAACCGGUGGUUGUACAAGGAGCUUGCACCGUGCAUGCCCAGGGUGGGUUAGCUGUGUCUGGCAUGAGCAUGGUGAAAGGUACUGAUGAGGCAGGCGAGAAUGUGGUGAGAAGAGGGAGGAGGAGGUCACGCCUAGGAAUCUGGAUUCCUCUAGAGAUUGGAGAAGGUGAUCCUGGCGAUGAACAUCAUGAGGAUGCGGAUGGCAUUGAGGUUGAUUGGAACGAGGAAGAGCAAAGGCGCAAGCUAGAGGAUGCAGCCCGGAGCAAGAUGCGAGAGAAGCUAGACAAAUUCAAACGGAAAUACCAUGAUAUGCUCAGGCGUAAUGCAGAGGUAUGGGUGAAACAUAACAGCAGACAGACACAUCACUCUUUGCUUGUUCUGUUGAAUCAAGGACAAUCUCUCUGCUGGUCUCGGUUUUACUUAUUUGUUUCUUUAUCCAUCUACAUGCGAUGAACCUCCCCGAAAUCAACCCCCAAAACUUAGCAUGCAUAAGCAGAGCAUUCACAUGAGAGUUCACAAGAACACCGAAGAUGAAAAAUGAAUCAGCGCAAAUAAG